CCCUCCUCCCCGCGCUCCUCUGCCUCCCGGCCUCCCGCCCGCCGCGGUCCCGCGUACCUGGGCGCCACUCAGCCCUCGGGGGUCUAGGUGUUCACCGCUGCGCCUCGCGCCGAGUCCUCCUCUGUCUCUCUGCGUGUCGCUGCCCUCCGCCCUCCACUUCUCUGCCUCUGCUUUUCUCGGGCGCGGUGCCGCGCGCUCCCCGGCCCUCCUCCAGCCAGCCGUCCGGGGCCCAGGUAGCCCGGGCCGGGCCGGGGCGAUGAGCGGCGCCUGCACGAGCUACGUGAGCGCCGAGCAGGAGGAGGUGCGCGGCUUCAGCUGCCCGCGGCCGGGGGGCGAGGCGGCCGCCGUCUUCUGCUGCGGCUUCCGCGACCACAAGUACUGCUGCGACGACCCGCACAGCUUCUUCCCCUACGAGCACAGCUACAUGUGGUGGCUCAGUGUUGGCGCUCUUGUGGGCCUGUCCAUAGCAGCCGUGGUCCUUCUAGCCUUCAUUGUCACCGCCUGUGUACUUUGUUACCUGUUCCUCAGCUCAAAGCCCCACACAAAGUUGGACCCAGGCUUAAGCUUACAGACAACAGGCCUGGAGGAAGUGCCCCCUGACCGCCAAGGCGUGAACACGAGCAGCGCAGUGGAAGUGCGAGGAGUGAGGCCCCUUGGACAGAGUUACCCCUUCUGGAGCCCGCGGCUGGAAAGCAAUGAGGGGCAGGCUGCGGACUCCAAACGCCUUCUCCACCACUGCUUCAUAGCCACAGUGACCGCCAGUGACAUUCCAGGCAGCCCUGAGGAGGCCCCUGUCCCGAACCCUCCCCCAUGCGGACCAGCCCCAUAGACAUCCAAUAAAUGUCUCCAUGUCAUCCCCUUCUGGAGUUUCUUUUCAGUGAAAGGUGGGGGUAGAAGUGGUCAAGGGGACUUUGGAGCCUCGAAGGAUAUAUGAGGGCUUUCCCCAGCAAAGGUACCCAUGUCCCACCGUGGACCCAGCUACACGGUUCUGCCUGCCAGUGUGGGCCACAGUCGACGGUAAC